CGUUCUAGGGGGCAUCGUGGGAGGCUUGGUCUGCGUCGGGAACGAUGGGAGCGGGGUUGGCGGCGGAGUGGGAGGAAAGGUGGGAGGAAUGGUCAGGCGCGGGGUUGGCGGCGGGGUGGGUGGCACGGUUGGCCGCGGGGUUGGCGGCGGAGUGGGAGGCUUCGUUGGUUUGGGGUUCUUUGGUCGCCUUGUGGGCCUGCGGGUCUUUGGUUGCUUUGUUGGUUUGGGGGUCUUUGGUGGCUUUGUUUUCUUUGGCCUCUUGGUGGGGGGCUCUACCGGAGGACUCGUUCUAGGGGGCAUCGUGGGAGGCUUGGUCUGCGUCGGGAACGAUGGAAGCGGGGUUGGCCGCGGAGUUGGCCGCGGGGUGGGAGGCCCGGUGGGAGGCCGGGUUGGCCGCGGGGUUGGCGGCGGAGUGGGAGGCCGGGUGGGGAGCGGAGUGGGAGGAUAGGUUGGCGGCCGGGUGGGGAGCGGGGUUGGUGGCGGAGUCGGAGCCAAGGUGGGCGGCGUCGUCGGCUUCGAUUUCUUGGUGUCCUUGCCACCGCUCUUGUCCUUGUGCGGCGGCGGCGUCGGCUUCGGGUUCUUGUUCGGGCGCUUGUUUGGGCGCUUGUUCGGACGCUUGUUGGGACGCUUGUUUGGACGCUUGUUUGGACGCUUGUUUGGACGCUUGUUGGGACGCUUGUUCGGGCGCUUGUUCGGGCGCUUGUUCCUUCUCGCCAGGGCAUCCGGCGAAAGGAGCAAGAAAACCACGAUGGCGAGCGAGAGUCCUGCUUUCAUGGUGUCUUCGUGUACGGUGCUUUUGUUGUUGUGUUUGGAUAAGUUGAUUGGUUAGUCGAUUGGUCAACUAGUUAUGCAUGAAUGUAUGUAUGCAUCACAUUUCUGUGUGCGAACGAAAAUGUGAGAGCAGCACAGUAGAGGAGGAAGCGAGGUUUAUUCUCGCGCUCUCUGUGUAUCUCUUUCCCAGGUGGCGAUCGCGUGUUUGUUUGUGUGUGUUUUUGGUUUCCAGUUACGUCUUGGUUUGCAUUUCAAAAGAAUAUCUCUAUAUAUUGAUUCCUAACGUCACCAUGUCAUAUAUGUUAGAUAUAAUCCUAUCGAUAGUACGAGAGCAAUAGAAGGUGUGAAUUUGGGURAUUUAUGCUUAUUACGAUAGGCGUCGAAGAGAAUUCUUUGGAAACCAGUCGCGCUUCAAGUAUGCAAUUAUCCKUCCAAGCCGAAUAGAGCGGCCGGAUAGAAACAUAUAUGUGAUUCGAAAACCUCGCCAACAUUUAUGACGAAUCUAUGCAAGCAAGCACUUAAAUGAUACGCGGGCAUAUCAAGUUUGCAGACCGUACGGUUCUGUAAUGCGCUAGUACAUGCUCGUAUCCUUUGCUCCGACGAAAGGAUGGAGUCUCAUCCGUCUGCGCUUUUUGGAACAAACUUCACCAGACUUCUUCUCUCCAUUUUGUCACGAUAUUAAUAUUUCUGCGAAAAAUGCAUAGUGUCAUCGAAGUAAGGCAGGAACCUCGUAAUUGCCAACURCGUCUCGAUAGUUACGGAACGUCGAAGUUCUCGAAGGGCACUUGAACCUUGCGGUAGGUAGCGUUGGUUUGUAAGCACGUUUCUAUUUCUAACGGUACUAUAACUGCUCUUGUAUUACGAAUAGUAGUACAAGUAGGUAUUUAAAAUUUAAAAAAGCACAUGGUCUAAAUAAUUGUAGAAGUAUGUC